GUACAGAUUCCAAUUUUCAAUCGCUGUGACACGGGGAUAGAUAGGUACAAAGUUCUUCGAGGUACUUGCUCUGCGAUUUUCGCUAAAACUCGGAAUCCAAGAAUCCUUCCCCAAAGCUUAAGUCGUGUGCAGCACAAAUUUGGCCCGCGAAAUGUCGACUGCGUACAAGAUGUUCGAUGGUGUACUGAGUCCUGGCGUUUCUGGACAACCGACUUCCAUGAUGACGACCGACCACCAUGUUUACAACAACCCCCUCAACUCGAGAUACUGCUCGACGGAGAUGAAGUACAUCUUCUCUCCCCACAACCGCUUCAGCACAUGGCGCCAACUUUGGGUCUACCUCGCAGAGUCCGAGAAGGAGCUCGGUCUGCCGAUUUCAGAUGUUGCCAUUCAGCAGAUGAAGGAUCAUAUCAGCAUUGAAGGCGACGAGUUUGGUGCUGCUGCUAUCGAGGAGAAGCGCAGACGUCACGAUGUCAUGGCCCACGUCCACACGUAUGGCGUUGUCGCACCUGAGGCAGCUGGUAUCAUUCACUGGGGAGCCACGUCAUGCUACGUUACCGACAACGCAGAUCUCAUUUUCCUGCGAGAUGCUCUUGACCUCAUCUUACCUAAGUUGGCAGCUGUCAUCCAGCGCCUCUCGGCUUUCGCAAUGGAGUACAAGGAUCUGCCUUGCCUUGGAUACACUCACGGUCAAGCAGCUCAGCUCGUCACAGUCGGAAAGCGCGCAUCCCUCUGGGUCACUGACCUCCUCCGCAACCUCCGUGGCCUGGAGCGCCAACGCGAGGAAAUCCUCAAUUCCUUCCGUGGCGUCAAAGGAACCACUGGUACGCAAGCCAGCUUCUUGACAAUUUUCAAGGGCGAUCAUGCAGCUGUCGAGAAGCUUGACGAGCUCGUCACCGAGAAGGCAGGUUUCAAGAACGCCGAGAUUUCUACCAGCCAGACAUACUCUCGCUUGAUUGACGUCGAUGUCCUCCACGCAUUGAGCUCGUUCGGUUGCGCAUGUGAGCGCAUUGGCGGCGAUAUUCGUCACUUGGCCAUGUUCAAGGAGGUCGAGGAGCCGUUUGAAGCCGACCAGAUCGGUUCGAGCGCGAUGGCUUACAAGCGCAACCCAAUGCGUUCGGAACGUCUCUGCUCGCUCGGAAGGAAACUGCGCAACUUCUCUGCCGAUGCGGAGCAGACUUAUGCUUCUCAAUGGCUUGAGCGCAGUUUGGAUGAUUCUGCGAUUCGAAGAAUCAGUUUGCCUGAGUCGUUCCUGAGCGCUGAUGCCUGUUUGAUCUUGCUUAACAACAUCUCAAAUGGUCUUGUUGUCAACAAGGCUGUGAUCGCCAAUCGCAUCGAGCAGGAGUUGCCUUUCAUGGCCACCGAGAACAUCAUUAUGGCCCUCGUGGAGAAGGGCAAGUCAAGACAGGAGGUGCAUGAGGAGAUUCGUGUGCUUUCUCACCAGGCCGGCGCCGUGGUUAAGCAAGAAGGCAAGCCAAACGACCUUAUCGAGCGCAUCCAGAACAACGAGUACUUCCAGCCUAUUCUGUCUGAGCUCCCUGCACUGCUCGAGCCUUCAACGUUCAUCGGCCGCUGCCCUCAGAUUGUCGAGAAGCUGGUCAAGGAUGUGGUCAAGCCAGCUCUCCAGCCUUACGCAGCAGAUCUGGCGAACGCGCAGGUUGCUGAGUUGAGCGUGUAGAUGCGGUUCCUUCGGGAUGGUAGAUGAAAAGGGGCAAUGACUAGAGCGGACGACAUUAACGAGAGUGGAUGAACGACCAUAGACGUCUGUACAUACGAAACUGAUUCAGUCAUGCU